AUGCCAUUCGUUAAGGUUGUGAAGAACAAGGCGUACUUCAAGCGCUUCCAGGUGAAAUACCGCCGCCGCCGCGAGGGCAAGACGGACUACCAGGCGCGGCGCCAGAUGGUGCUGCAGGACAAGACCAAGUUUGGAACGCCCAAGUACCGUCUGGUGGUGCGCAUCACGAACCGCGACAUCAUUGCGCAGGUUGUGCAGGCGAAGGUUGUGGGUGAUGAGGUUGUGAUGGCGGCAUACUCGCACGAGCUCCCGCAGUUUGGAAUCCAGCACGGCCUGACGAACUACGCGGCGGCGUACGCGACAGGUCUGCUGGUUGCGCGGCGCAUGCUGACGAAGCUUGGCCUCGCGAACAAGUUCGAGGGCACGAAGGAGGCGGACGGCUCUUACUCGGCCGUGCGUACGAAGGCCGACGAUCAGGGCGACGACGAGAAGCGCUUCCCAUUCAAGGCCAUUCUUGACGUUGGACUCGCCCGCACGACGACCGGUGCUCGUGUGUUUGGUGUCAUGAAGGGUGCGGUGGACGGCGGCCUGGCUGUGCCUCACCGCCCGAACCGCUUCCCCGGCUACGACAAGGAGAAGGACUCGCUCAACGCCAAGGCCCACCGCGACCGCAUCUUGGGCCUGCACGUUGCUGAAUACCUGAAGCAGGUGCGUGAGGAGGCGAGCUCCAACCCCGAGGAGAGCACGUGCCAGUUUUCAAAGUACAUCAAGGACAAGGUUGUUCCCAACGAGCUCGAGGGCAUGUACAAGAAGGCGCACGCUGCUAUCCGCGCGGAUCCAAUGAAGCGUCGCGCAAGGAAGGAGCGCAAGGAGGGAGCUGCGGUGAAGAAGUACAACACGCCGAAACGGACUGGCGCCCAGAAGAAGGCCGCCGCCAAGGAGAAAAUCGCAUUUUUGGUUGCGAGCAUCCGCGAACGUGCGUCGAAGUAA